AUGGGGACCGCAAAACCAGACGUGACAAUGGCGGAAGACUCUAAGCUUGAAAGACAAGAGUCCAACGUUGUGGCCGACGUCAAACACCUCGAGACUGCCGCGGACGAAGCUACCAAUCUCGAACACACUCUCUCGGUGACAGAGGCUUUCUCUACAUACCCCAUGGCUGUCGUCUGGUCUGUACUCUUCUGUGUAUGUAUUAUCAUGGACGGCUACGACUCGGAUCUAAUCACCAACUUUUAUGGUCUCCCAGCUUUCCAGCGCAAGUACGGGUAUCUCUAUAAAGACUCUUACGUUGUUGCAGCGCCGUGGCAGACUGCUCUAGCUAUGAGUUCACCCGUCGGACGCGUUAUUGGAGGCGCCAUCCAGGGAUAUGUUGCAGAGUGGUUCGGCCGCAAGAAGACACUUAUUUUCUGUCUCUUUCUCCUCAGCGGCUUCAUCUUUAUCACAUUCUUUGCCCAAAAUAAUGCAGUCCUAUUGGUUGCCCUCGGUUUUAUGGGAACCUGCCUCUCCUUCUUCCUCAUUCCUCGCUUCGGAAGGCGGACUCUUUACUUUGGCGGUCUUUGCACCUUGACUUGUUUGAUGCUACUUAUCGGUUUCAUGGGCAUAGCUCCUAAUCGACCUGCGAUUGUCAACGCCGAGGCAGCCUUGUUGAUUGUUUGGUUCUUCAUCUACUUCCUGACGGUCGGUCCAGUGGCUUAUGUUAUCUUCUCUGAGACCUCAGCCACUCGUCUCCGAGGUCCAACAGUGGCCAUUGCCCUUAUCGCGUAUAGCUGUCUUGGUAUUGUAUACAAUGUCGCCUCACCGUACCUACUUAACAGCACGGAGGCCAACUUGGGUGCCAAGACGGGUUUGAUCUAUGGAAGCAUCUCUCUGUUGUCCUGUAUUUGGGUGUACUUCCGGCUGCCGGAAUGCAAGGGUCGCACAUUUGAGGAACUUGACAUCAUGUUUGAACGCAAGGUUCCUACUCAACAGUUUAAAGACUAUGUCAUUUAA